CCGGGGGGGCCGGGGGCUCAGCGCCGGGAGCCCCGCUGCAGAUGUAACCCUGGGAGAGGUGCCAGAGCACCCCAUGCUGCGCCGCUCGGACUGGAAAAGGACAAGACGGAGAGCAGCCACGAGACUUUCUGGGAGCGGUGCUGACUCCUGCCGCAUGAGAUGACAGCAAGAGACAGGCCCCAAGAUAGGUACAAGGCUGUCUGGCUGAUCUUCUUCAUCCUUGGCCUGGGAACACUGCUGCCAUGGAAUUUCUUCAUGACUGCCAGGGAGUAUUUCAUCAGCCGCCUUGCGGACCCAGACAUGAAUGUCUGGAACAACACCGAUGAGGCUGCCUUGUCCCCCUCCUACCUGCCGUCCAUGUUUGACAACUUCAUGACUCUCUGCGCCAUGGUGCCCCUCCUCAUCUUCACCUGCCUCAACUCCUUCAUCCACCAGCGGAUUCCCCAGCAGAUCCGCAUCUUGGGCAGCCUGGUGGCCAUUGGGCUGGUGUUUUUAGUCACCGCAAUCAUGGUGAAGGUCGACAUGGAGCCUGUUCCCUUCUUCAUCUUUACCAUGAUCAGCAUCGUCCUCAUCAACUCCUUCGGCGCCAUCCUCCAGAGCAGCCUCUUUGGGCUGGCAGGGCUCCUGCCUGCCAGCUACACAGCUCCUAUCAUGAGUGGGCAGGGCUUGGCGGGCACUUUUGCCGCUUUGGCGAUGAUCUUCAGUAUUGCCAUUGGCGCCCAGCAACCCGAGAGCUUCAUCGGUUACUUCACCACAGCCUGUGUGGCUAUCUUGCUGGCAAUCUUAUCCUACAUCCUUCUGCCUCGCAUGGAUUUCUUCCGAUACUACUCCAUGAAGGACAAGACAGAGUACCAUGUGUGCAAUGCAGAGCUGGAGACCAAGAGAGACUUGAUUAAGAAAGAUGAGCCCAAUGGGAUGGAGCAGAAUAACUCAAAGAUCAUCCCUAUCCACAACCUGGACAAGAAGCCCUCGGUCGUUUCUAUUUUUAAGAAGCUCUGGGUCAUGGCUGUGUCUGUCUGCUUUGUCUUCACUGUCACCAUCGGCGUCUUUCCUUCCAUCACAGCUAAGGUGUCUACUGUCCUCGGAAAGGAAAACAGAUGGGGUCUGUAUUUCAUCCCUGUCUCCUGCUUCCUGCUCUUUAACGUCUUCGACUGGACGGGACGGAGUCUCACUGCCCUCUUCACAUGGCCCGGGAAGGACAGCUUCCUCCUGCCAGUGAUGGUGGCCCUCCGUGUCAUCUUUAUUCCUCUUUUCAUGCUGUGCAAUGUGGAACACCGUGAACACCUGCCUGUCGUAUUCGCUCAUGACGCCUGGUACAUCAUCUUCAUGAUCUUCUUCUCCAUCUCCAAUGGCUACCUGGCCAGCCUUUGCAUGUGCUUCGGGCCCAAGAAAGUGCUUGCCCACGAAGCAGAGACAGCUGGAGCCAUCAUGGCCUUUUUUCUGUCGCUGGGCUUGGCCCUAGGAGCUGCCAUCUCCUUUCUCUUCCGAAUUCUCAUCUAG